AUGAUAAGCCCACGAGUCAUUGUCACCUUCUGUUUAUUAUCAACGGCACUCGGCGCGCCUUUCGUGCCCGGACUUCCGCGGCCUGCGAAGCCUCACAUCGAAGUCACUCCAGUCAUCCCUGAAUUCCACCGUGGCAGGCUAUUCGCCCUGUUCCAUGACCGCUUCACGCUUCCUGAAAACCCCCCUGUUGACGUUACUCCUGUGCACUCAGUCCGCCGUGGCGGUUUGGAUGCUCUGAUCGAUCCGGAGGUAAACAUUGUCACUCGCGUGACUAAGGAAACCCAAGAUGGAAAGAAAAAGCAGAAAGAAAGGGAUGAAGUGAUGCAAAGAGCAGUGACGCCGAAUAAACUGGACCUGGACGCACCGGAUGAGCGAAGAAACAGCCACGUAGACAGCGCGAAACUGUCUGCGAGGAAACUCAGUCAAAAGGUCACACAGCAUAGAAAGACCAAGGCAUCGAAUUUGAAGAAUUUCACGUUCAAGAAGGUUCCGGUGAAUAAGCUCCAACGGGUGAGCUCCGUUCCGGCUCCUGGAUUCAAAUGUGGUGAUAUUGGUGUCGGGCCGUGCCGGAAGGGAGGAAGAUUGUAUCCGGAGUAA